AUGGACGCUUCUACACAGAGGAGUGACACCUCUGAAAACCAGCCAUCAUCAACUACUCAGGAUCUCUUCGGCGAGCUCUGGACCAAGGCGCUCAGCGAGUACAUGGCCAAGACGAAAGUAGACCCCUCGAAGCAUCGCCUUGCUAAGCUCUUGAGUGGCCGGGAGUCUCCGGAGGACGUAUGCGAAAUUUAUCAGAAGAACUUGGAGGAGUCUCGGGGCAGUAACACGAAGUGGGGCAUCAUCCGCAAUACCUACCUGAAGCCGAUUGUCGAGGUGCUGAUUCUGAUCAACGACUCCAUGGCGGAGACGGCUGCAUCAUUUCCCGUUGUACCGGGAGGGAAAGCCAUAUUGGUUGCCUUCGGCGUCUUACUCGCUGCUACUAAAAGAGUAUCUGAGCGGUACGAGGCACUUAUAUCACUACUUCUGGAAGUCAAGAUCUCCGUCGAAUCACUACGUCUUCGCGGCACAAGUCCGACGAGCUGGAGCAAACUUUCUCGGAACAUCGCAUCGCUCAUCCUGGUUCACAUAUUAGAUGUGUUUGCCCUUGCAACGAAGCUAUUACCUGAAACGGGUCGCCCAUUGGCACGUUUCAUGCACUACGGCCACAGCCUUAUAGGCAACAAGGAUAUGCAGGAAGCUCUCCAACGUCUACGCUCGCUAGCAUCUCUCGAGUCUCGGGCCCUCUCCUCUGAGAUACGUGUCGAUGCGGCUGAGGGUCGCAAGAUAGCAAAACAGCUUCAAACGGAAGUGAACGCUAUGAGGCUCGCUCAAACCCACGACUCGCUAAGUCUAUCGAUCAUAGAACGAGGACUGAGUGAUCAGACGUCGAAAUUUGCCCGGGUCACAGAGAAGCUUGACACAUUGCUUACCGCAGAGGAGAACGCGGAAAUUCGUGAUUUACUCGAGAGACUGGAUCGUGUUGGCCACGCGGAUCUUAGUGCCCAACGUCGUGACGCCUGCUUGCCAGGUACUCGUGUUGAGGUUCUCGAAACCCUCCUCUCGUGGAGCGCGGAUCCUGGAGCGCCGCGUAUAUACUGGCUACAUGGCAUGGCUGGUACUGGGAAAUCAUCUAUAUCACGCUCGUUUGCUCAGACGCUUCGGGAGAACGGCACUCUUGGUGGCAGCUAUUUCUGUUCUCGCGAAAGUCGUGCAGAACUUGCCGACACCAAUCGAAUUGUGCCGACGCUCGCGGCGGCUUUAACCGGCUUUGAUAUUCAAUACAAGGUUGCAUUGUUGUCCGUACUGAAAAGGUACUCUUCUGAAGCACGCCCAAGCACGUGGAAGAUAGAGUUACAGGUUGAACGCUUACUCUUUGAGCCCUUUGCUUGCUAUAUGCGCGCGAUCUCGACGUCCCCUAUGCCCAUCUUGCUCAUCGAUGCUCUGGAUGAAGCAAGCGACGAUACUACUAGUGAUCUUCUAGAUCGUCUGACGUCCGUGUCGAGUCGACUGCCCAUCAAGUUCUUCUUGACCUCUCGCCCAGAGAGGCACAUUCGAUGGCACUUAGACUCCUUCCAGUACGGCGACCAGCUGCGGCUUCAUGACAUAGAGGAGACGAUAGUCGCAGCAGACAUUCGUCGCUACAUUGUCCACCGGCUUAAUGGCAUCGUUGAUCGGUUUCGAAGCCGCGGGGCCGAGUUGCCUGAGGGCUGGCCUACGGAAGGCGAAACCAAUUCCCUAGUCGCCCUGUCAGGAUCCUUGUUUAUCUAUGCAUUCACAGCGACGGAACAUAUUGGUGACCGGACUCCCGUCAAGCGGAUGAAGGGUGUACUCGAUGUGCGACGCGCAGGGCCGUCGAAACAUACGAGCCCACUGAGGGAUCUGGACCGGAUAUACGCGUUCAUAGUGAAGGCCGCAAUUGUGAACCGAACUUCGGAAGAGUUGAUCUUGACCGAGCGCAUUCUGGCUGCGAUUUUGGUCGCUCGGGAGCCACUGAGUCUGCGGACAUUAGCCAGGUUACUCAGAUCUACUAUUGAUGAGGUUGGAAACGCUCUUGACGAGCUCCAUGCAGUUGUCAGUGUGCCCGAAGAUGUUGACAAUGGAUCUGUCUCGACGCUGCAUGCUUCGUUCGGCGAUUUCCUCGUGGAUCGUGAGCGCGUACAGGGGCUUAUGCAUGUCAGCCUGGCCGACGGUCACCGCGAUCUUGCCGUGGGUUGUCUCGAUAUUGCAUUGUCCGAUGAUCUACAUUUCAAUAUGAGUCAGGCACGGACAUCGUUCCUCUCGAAUGAAGAACAGGACAUCACAGUCACCUUCGGUCGGGAUGUCCAAUAUACCUGUAAGCAAUGGAUCGAGCAUUCUCGACAAGCUCUCCGACCGUCUGUGGUGUUGAUGAAUAAGAUCACCGCGUUCUUUUCAUCAAAAUUUCUGUUCUGGCUGGAAAGUCUCAGUGUAUUGGAUGUUAACCUGCUGGAUAUCUCUGAUGCUUUAAGGCGUUGCGAUGAGUGGGAGCUCCCACCAGACUCGUCGUUCCUAAAGGUCGUGGUGCGAGAAGCUUGUGAUAUACUGGAAAUGAUGACAGAUGCCACACCCAAAUGGAGUGCACCGCAUGUCUAUUUGUCACUUUUACCAUUUAUGUUCCUAUUCCCGAACCUGGAAAAGGCUCAUAGAGCUUCCUACUCGCUGACUGCCUCCCCCAACUUCCAAUGGAUCGACGAGAAGAUCGCUGAGGAAGGGUAUCGACUCGUCGCAUGUUCUCACGACGAGGGAUACAUUGCGGCGGUCUCGGGAGACUGCGAUAUCUACGUCUGGAGCCUGCCCGGCGGAGAACUGCAAAGACGGCCUGAUACUUCACACGACUGCCCUGGCCGCUUCGUCACAAUCACGUUCUCUCCUGACAACACCUCCAUUUGGGCCGCAUCGUGGGAUGGCAUAGUACGGAUAUGGGAACGUGCCACUGGUCGAUACCUCAGCCGAUGGGAAGGGAAGGCAACCAGUCCUCUUGCCAUGGCUUUCUCUUCGGAUGGACGAUAUCUUGCUAUUGCGGAGGCGCUCGAGAAUAAGAGAAAUUCCAAUUGGUGUAUAUAUCUUUGGGAACUUCCAAUCUCGGGCGGCACGCUUAUGCACCUCAAGGUUAAACUUCAAGGGCCCGUAGGCAGCAGGCUUUCAUUCCGUCUGCUUGGAUUCUCCCCUUCCAACACCCGCAUUGUGGUCGGUACGAGUUUCUCGGCUUUUUAUGGAUGGGAUAUAGUAACCAGCGAGCUCUGCCUGCAAAGCAGGCCGGAAAUAUCGCCAGACAAGAAAUUUUCUUCGCGCAUACUGGCGCUCAACUUCCUAUCUGACCAAGAGGUCUUGUUUGGAUCGCAGAAGGAUGGGAAAUUACGCAUCCUUGAUAUGAGCACCUAUCAGCCUAAUUCCCAUCCGGAGUUGUUUCUCGGUUACAGGCCUGAGAACCGUCUUAUACCAGGUGCUAUCGCUUCAUACAGAGGUCCUGAUGGCAUAUUCAUAGCCACUGCGUUGGGCCGCGACAUUUAUCUCCGGAGUAUUGGCACGGGAGACAGCACUAGACCUUAUCUUCAGGGUCAUGUCGGCCACUUCGAUUUCAUUUCUAUCUCGAGCGAUGGAAAUUACAUGAUCUCGGGUGCAAGUUCGGGACAUACCGAUGGUAUCUUGGAAUAUAGUCAGCUUGACCACACCAUCGUUGUCUGGGACAUAGAUCCAAACUCAGAGCGAUGCAGAUCAGCCAUGAACAACGACUUUGAUCACUUCUAUUUCCCUGAUCACGACUCUGGAUGGCUGCAAGGGCCAAAUAAAGAGCUUCUGCUUUACAUCCCGGAGCAGUACUGUCAAUAUCUCCAGCAUCCACCCAUGAUCCAUCGCUUCGCCGCCGGCCGGCUCACCAUCGACUGGACGGAUGCCGCGUAUGGCGAAGAUUGGACGAAGUGCUAUAUCGGGCCGAAGUGA